CAAACAGCGAUGGGAACUCCCAUAAGAACUAACGAGUGGGGCCUCUCUAGACCUGCGCAGCCUUCAUCGACGGAAUACCUGAAGCCUGUGCGGCAGCCAUGCCGCCGGCGGAAGGAAUCGGGGCGGUGAACUCGCAGGCGAAGACCUCUUACGCUGCGGUGGUAAGGGAUCCUAUCCCCGUCCAACGAUUGCACACUUAGGCUUGCUCCUUCUCCCACGCAUCAGACCUGGGCUCGUCCGGAAUCUUCAGAGGGUUUCCAUCGAUUUCCUUCUAUGACGAUGAUUUACAGGUUCUCUCCCAUCCUUUCCGUUUUUCACUGGUUGGUUCUUUCCCCUCCGGUCGCCCCCCCUCCCUGUGAUUCGUAAAGCGUUUGAACGGUUAGGUUUUUCUGAGGCAUAUUCAGUUGGUCUGCUUCACUCAAACAUUAUUCUGAUAAAUUUUAAAUCAGAUCUUGAUUUUCACAAAUUUUGGGAGAAAAAAACAUGGGACUUCUUUGGAUACCAUAUGGUGGUUACCCGAUGGAGCCUACCAGUUUCUCUAUCGAACGUGAUUCACCUCUUGCCCCGGUUUGGAUUUCGCUCGACGGACUCCCAGUCCACCUACAUGAUUUAAGAGCCCUUAAUUCUAUUGAUAAACUUCUGGGGAAGACAAUACGAAUUGAUGCUCCUACAACAAACUUUUCCAGACCUUCCACAGCCAGGAUUUGUGUUGAAUUAGAUACCUCACUUGAGCUGCCCCCAAAAGUCAGGAUUGGCUACGGUGCCACUAGUUUUUUCCAGACAAUUGUUUAUGAAAAUCUUCCUUUAUUCUGUCACAAUUGCUCUCGUUUAGGCCACAGUGCUGUUAAUUGCCCCCGGGCAACCAGACCUUUGGUGCCUAAAAGCCAGGUUUGUGACCCCGUGAUUGGUAAUUUUUCAAAAGCUAGUGUUUCCCCUAAUAUUGUUGCUGGAACCCCGGAAGCUCUGUUAAUGUAUUGGAUGCCCCUGCUAUUAUUGCUGGUGUCCCUAAAGUCCCGGUUGCCCCUGUUAUUGAUGCUUGUCCUAAAGUGACGUAGGUUACCCGUGAUGCUUUGGCUGCUGAAUUUGCAGUCACCUUUGAUUUGGCGGUUUUGCGGGCUAAUUUCACAACUACCACUGAAAUGGCCCCUACUCAACCCCCUGUUAAGUAUUCAAAUGAAUGUGCCCCUACCAGUGUAUUUUGGUUUUCUUAUUUUUCUGCAGUUCUUGUUGUAACUUCACUUUUAGUCAAAGUGGCGAGGAAGGUAGUUAGUUGGGGAUACAUGUGCUGCUUUUAUUCUAUAUGUGAAUCUUAUCCCCACAUAUUUGUUAAACUUGUCAUUGUUAGUGCACAUUAGUUAAUAUAUAUCUAGAUUAUAAAAGUGAUUAUCAGAUUCUAGUAAGUAGAAACACUACUAUUAAAGUUAGUAUAUCAAACUUAGUACCAAACUACUUAAUAUCUAUUAAUACAGAAAGAGGACUGGAAAGCACAAAGCAGAAAAGUAGUCUGGAAAAUAGAAAAAUAGAGUAAUAAAACAAAUAAUUAAACAAAUCUACCAGAUGAGUGUUUAAGCUAAAUACUGGAGACCGGACCUCUUAUUUCAGCAUGGAGGGAGUAUUUGUUAACUUGUGAUCAAAUAUUUGCCUGUUUUCUUUUACUUCAGAUAUUGUAGUUUGUUGUGUACUGGAUUAGGUGCUCGGAAAGCUGGCAAGACAGGGUCUAGCUAGUCCAAUAUACGAAUGGGCUCUUUCUUCCGCCUCAGAUGAUUUUGUCUAUUUAUGUGGACACCUUUAGAAGAAUAUUAAAUGAAGUUGAGAAAGUUGUUGGUUUUUUAAUUUAUUUUACAUCAGACACAAGUCAUAGAUGGAAUUAUGGAAAGGACACAAGCUACCGGUACAUAAAUAUGGUUGCUUAGAAAUGUAAUAUACACUUUGACCCUUGGCAGAACAUGGUUUUGUUUGAAGUUGUCAAUAGUAAGUUAGUAGUAAUCUGGAGUUGGCCAGUGAUAUUGCUACAAUAAAGUAGUUAUUGUACUAAAUGCUAUGUUAUUUACUUUUGAUUUCUGUACUUCGGUUGCUCAAAUGAGCCUAUUGUUCUUUUUGUUUUGAAUUAAUAAAUGUAAAGAAUUGGGUCAGGGGCUGCAUACAUAUUACUCAUUAAUUUCUACACAAA